UCUUUUUUGUUUCUCUCAAUGUUCUUAAACUGUAUUUUGUAUUAUACGAGCAGAAACUUUUCAGGGAAAACCACUUGAAGUUUUAACUAUUAAUAUUGACCUGGGAUAUCAUACAAAAAAUCCCCGUAAUUAUUUUGGCUUUACUGUUGAAGGAGGUAAAGAUAAAGAGGUGGCUCCUUAUGUGGAAAAUAUAUUUCCCGGUACUCCAGCGGAAGAAUCUGGCUUGAAGAUUGGGGACAUCAUUGUCAGCGUAAACGGCGAAACAGUUGAAGAUCGAUAUCACCAGACAAUAAUGCGUAUGCUUCGUGAAGCUCUACGCCUUGGUGAAGUAGAGCUUAAAGUUGUUCGUCCAGAAGCGGUUCAUAGUAAGCAAAAAGCCCUUUUUAGUAAAAAUAACUUUCCACCACCAACACUGCCAAAAACUGUUUCAAUAAGCCGGGAAACAGAACGAUCUUCCUCAGUUACAUAUCAGCCUGAAACUGAUACUCGGAUGAGGAAUAUUUCUGUUUCGUCAAGUUCAACACGUAAUAGUCCUAUUUCGGAUUCAGACUAUCGGGUCACGUCUUUCCAUGAAAAACCCGGGCCGGGAAAGUUGGCCGAUUUUAUUCCUGAAGUUGAGAGGGGCAAGUCUGCAGAAUUGCACAGACGGAAGUACCUUAUGGAUAAUGAAGAAGAUUUAUACGCUGAAGACUCAAAAAUAAAAGAUCCUGUAGUCGCUGUGAGUGGCAAACAUCGGUGUUCACAUUGCCAAAUGGAGCUGGGACGAGGAGCUGCAAUGAUAAUCGAGUCGUUGAAUUUAUUCUACCAUUUAAGCUGUUUCCGUUGUUAUGUGUGCAAUGCUGCAUUGGGGAACGGUACCCGAGGUGCGGAUGUUCGUGUCAGAGAUUCGAAGCUUCACUGCCAAAACUGUUAUUGUAAUGAAGAGGCUGGACUAAAGUAUAGUCAAGUUUGA